GGAGCCGGAAGGGUGAGCCUGCUCGGGGCCACUUCCGCUUCUGCCGGGGAGGAGCCUGCCGCGCUGUCAAUAUGAGUCGCUUCAAGUUCGUGGAUAUUGGUAUCAACCUGACAGAUCCUAUGUUUAGAGGAAUCUAUAGGGGGGUGCAGAAGCAUCAAGAUGACUUACAAGAUGUAAUAGAGAGAGCUGUCCAGAUUGGUGUUAAAAAGUUUAUGAUCACAGGUGGAAGUCUACAGGACAGCAGAGACGCGCUGCAGUUGGCACAGACAAAUGACAUGUUUUUCAGUACAGUUGGGUGUCAUCCCACGAGAUGUGACGAGUUUGACAAGAACAGCCCUGAUGGUUACUUGGCGGGAUUGCUGACCCUUGCUGAGAAUAACAAGGGGAAAGUUGUAGCCGUAGGGGAGUGUGGACUUGAUUUUGACCGGCUGCAGUUUUGCCCCAAAGAAACUCAGCUCAAAUAUUUCGAAAAACAAUUUGAACUGUCAGAACAAACACAAUUACCAAUGUUUCUUCAUUGUCGAAACUCACAUGCUGAGUUUUUGGACAUAAUGAGAAGAAAUAGAGACCGGUGUGUGGGUGGAGUGGUGCAUUCAUUUGAUGGUACAAAGGAAGCAGCAGCUGCUUUGAUUGACUUGGACCUUUACAUAGGAUUUAAUGGUUGCUCACUGAAAACAGAAGCUAACUUGGAAGUUCUGAAGUCAAUACCUAGUGAAAAACUAAUGAUUGAAACAGAUGCACCUUGGUGUGGAGUUAAAAGUACACAUGCUGGAUCAAAAUACAUAAAAACUUCAUUUCCUACCAAAAAGAAGUGGGAAAACGGGUACUGUUUAAAAGAUAGAAACGAGCCCUGCCAUAUAAUUCAAAUAUUGGAGAUAAUGGCAGCAGUCAGAGAAGAAGAUCCGCUGGAAUUAGCCAACACGCUAUAUAACAACACUAUUAAAGUCUUCUUUUCCUGA